GGGAGGCUGGUCUGCCCGCAGUUAAGAGCAGACGCCUCCUCCCAUUCUCUGCCAUCCUCGUGAGAACUUUGAGCCUACCUGUGCUCCCCAUCUCCGAAUCUCCACCUCGACUAAACCACUCUCGUUCCCCAAGGCUUGCAUGCAUCAGUGCCAAGAAUUUGCACUUCGUGGUAGACUACAGCAAAGCAGACACAGUGACCUUUCAGGAGGAUGGAGGUGGGAGCCGAGCGCGGCGACAUGCAGAAGAAUCGACGCAGUGACGAUGCAUCCAGAAAAACGCACGCCUCAUCCUGCUCCAGUCUUAAGAUGUUUCUGGUGGCUUUGUCCUUUGCCUAUUUUGCAAAGGCUCUGUCAGGAAGCUACAUGAAGAGCACAAUAACUCAGCUGGAGAGGCGCUUUGACAUUCCCAGUUACCUAAUAGGCAUCAUUGACGGCAGCUUUGAGAUAGGUAACCUGUUAGUCAUAGCCUUUGUCAGUUACUUUGGUGCCAAGCUCCAUCGGCCAAAGAUCAUCGCAGUGGGUUGUGUACUGAUGUCUAUUGGUACCUUCAUCAUUGCCCUGCCUCACUUCAUCAUUGGACGUUAUGAAUAUGACUCACCGCCGCGCUGGGUUGUGAAUUCAAGCCUCACCCCAUCACCAUGUUCAGUGGGCUCAACGUCUGACCUCAGCCAAGAUAGUAAAUUACUUGAAGUGCCAACGACAGAUUGUGAAGGAGAUUCCAACCUGUCCAUGUGGAUUUACGUGCUCCUGGGAAAUGUCCUACGAGGGAUCGGCGAGACUCCUGUUCAACCCCUUGGAAUCUCCUACAUUGAUGACUUUGCUAGUGAGGAGAAUGCUGCUUUAUAUGUGGGCUGUGUGCAGACCAUCUCUGUGGUGGGGCCUGUCUUUGGCUACCUGUUAGGCUCCUUAUGUGCAAAGAUUUACGUGGACAUUGGAUUUGUAAAACUGGAAACGAUCACGAUCACCCCAGCAGAUUCCCGCUGGGUUGGAGCCUGGUGGUUAGGCUACCUCAUAGCCGGUGUCAUCACCCUGCUUUCUGCCAUCCCAUUCUGGUUUCUACCACGCUCACUGCCAAUUCCAGGCUCGCACACCCCAGAGAAGCCAGAGCAGACAAGUUUUAUUAAAGACUCUGACCCAAUGAAGCACAAGUAUCCAGUGGAAGAGCACACCAGUUUCAUAGAGAUGGCCAAAGAUUUUAUUCCAACCCUGCGGAGCCUGUUGGGCCACCCUGUUUAUUUGAUUUACUUGUGUGUGACAAUCAUCCAGCUCAACUCUCUUAUCGGCAUGGUCACGUACAAACCCAAGUACAUCGAGCAGCACUUUAGGCAAUCUGCCUCAAAGGCCAACUUUCUAAUGGGUGUGAUUAAUAUCCCUGCGGUUGCACUGGGGAUGUUUUCUGGUGGCCUCCUGAUGAAGAAGAUGAAGCUCAACAUAACGGGGGCAGCAAAGUUCGCUUUUGUUACUUCUUUCAUCGGGUAUAUCCUCUCGUUGUUCUUAUUUGUGAUGAGCUGCGAGAACGCCAAGAUAGCCGGAGUGACUCUUCCCUACAACAGUAUGGAGGGCGUAUCUCACGACAAACACUCCGUUUUCACCACCUGCAACUCCAACUGUUUUUGUUCUGCAAAUAACUGGGACCCGGUCUGUGGAGGGAAUGGCAUCACAUAUGUUUCCCCCUGUCUUGCUGGCUGCACCAGCUCCACUGGUUCAGGCAAAAACACAGUCUUCUCAAACUGUAGCUGUGUUGGGCCGGCUGCUAACUUGACAGCCAAUAUAGGUCAGUGCUCCGAUAAGGACGACUGUGACAGGAUGUUCCCGUACUUCUUGGCUCUCUCCGUCAUCACUUCAUUCAUCAUCUCCCUGGGAGGAACGCCAGGCUACAUGCUUCUCAUCAGGUGCAUCAAACCACAACUAAAAUCAUUUGCCUUGGGAUUCCAUGCUUUAGCAACUCAUACACUUGCAGGAAUCCCAGCACCCAUUUACUUUGGAGCGAUCAUUGACACCACAUGUCUAAAAUGGGGUCAGAAGCGCUGCGGUGGAAGAGGAGCUUGUAGGAUCUAUAACACUACAGCAUACAGGAUAGCCUACCUGGGCCUGACUCUCGGCUUGCGGACAAUCUCGUUUCUAAUUUGCAUCCCGGGCUUCAUCCUGCUGAGUAGGCAGUUGAAGGAGGAACACGACACCCUUCGUGGAUCUCUAGCCAAUGGCGGAACGGAGCUUGAAGUGCUCAGAAAAGAAGAAUUUGUGAUCUCAAACUCCAAGACAUUGCAAAGAACGUCAGAAAACGGCACGGAUCGUGAGACACGACUCUGAUUCCCCAGGGGAAAAAAAAAAAGACCUCUCAGGACCAACCUCCUCUUUUCAUCACACAUGCACAUGAACAAACUUAUCUAUACACCCACACACACACAAUGAUACAUUUGCAGGGAAUCAUAUUAAAUCUUAAUAUUUAAAGUAUAAAUUCUAUAUUUACUACUUCAUGUGCUUUGAGGAUUUGAGAGACAUUUGUUAUACUGUAGUUGAAAUAUUUGUCUUGAAUGUAUUGUAGUUGUUUUUCUAAAAAAAGAAAUGGGUAUAACACUGUUUUUAUGUAUGGAGUAUUAGUGCCACACUGAAAAGAAAUACAAUAACAACAAAGAAAUGUGAGGAAAAAAAGCUGGUUAGGAGAAUAAAGUUGUAAUAUGAAGGGGGGGAAAGAAAAUCAGUAUUA